AUGUCAUCAGCUUCCCUUACUUACGCAUCUACACUCGGUGGUUCUUUGUCUAGAAGCACCACUUCUGAACCUCAAAUCUUGGCUAGGUUAACUAACCCUCGCAUUCCUGCCGCCGGAGGCAGGGUUAACUCUGCUCCAUCUGAACAUUCUGACCUAGCAGCAGGCAUGAGUCUAUCAGCAGAUGAAAAUGAGAAAGAUGCAUCUGUGAAGGGAAAAUCUCGUUUGGGAACUAUUGUUCAUCAAAAAACUGCAGUAGCUUUAUGCUUGACUACAGUCAAGAAUGAAGAUAAGAUGGAGUUCAGCAAAAUCUUGGAAGCCAUCAAGGCCAAUUUCAAUGAUAAGUAUGAUGAGUACAGAAAGAAGUGGGGUGGUGGGAUAAUAGGGUCAAAAUUACAGGCUAAAACCACAGCAAAAGAGAGGGUUCUUGCUAAGGAGGCUGCUCAGAGAUUGACAUAA